UGCUGUACAAUCCGGAGCCUGAAGCAAACCGGGAUCGCCAUCUGUUUCCUCUGAGACUGUGAGUCAAAUGUUAGAGAUCUGAGCUCGCCGCCGGUGACGGUGUGCGCGUUUCCCCGGUUCGGAUGCAGCCCAUGUGAGGAGGAGAAAAGUCCAGGUCCGGAAAUGACAGAGGGGACAUUUAGUGGAUUACUCUGGGAUGGAGAUGGAGGAUGUAUCAGAUAUUCCGCGGGUUUCUAAAACUGAUCUGAUCUGUUCUUUGUGAGGAUUGUGGAUCUCUCUCUCUCUCUCUCUCUCUCUCUCUCUCUUAGAAUAAACUAAAAAAAAAACCCUAUAAUAAAGAAACGGAGCGUCUCUGCGGUCAUCACUGAGGAUGCCAUGCUGAACGGGAAAUGUGCCACUUUUUCACUAAAUUGAGAUCAUUUCCUCCAUAUCCUUGCACUGACUCUUGACAUUGACCACUGCGGACCCAGCUGGAACAUCUGCACCAAGUCAUUCCCCCCCGCUCCAGAAAACAAAACGCGUUUUUAUUAUCCGCACACCUCAGCGGACGGCACAUUUGGCCUGGUUGAGCCGCCGUAGAAAUGGGAGACAGUAUGUCGAAGAGAUUAAAGCUGGUGACAGCGUCUGAGUCGGAGAUGGAGGAGCGGUCAUUUCCUAAUCCUUUCCCCGACUGGGACCAAGGAGUCCUCACAUCUUCAUCCUCAUCGGCUAACAGCGGCGCCGGAGACACUUUUGAUCCAAAUGGAAAGAUCACAGAGGCCUUCCAGAAGAAAGUCCAGAAUAAGAUCAAAGAUCUUCUCCAGCAGAUGGAAGAGGGGCUGAAGACUGCAGACCCGCAUGACUUCUCCACCUACACCGGCUGGACAGGAAUUGCCUUGCUGUAUCUGCAGCUGCAUCGUGUGAGUGGUGAUUCCUCUCACCUGCAGCGCUCUCUGGAUUAUGUCAAGCGUGCACUGCGUAACCUGAACGGCCGGAAAGUCACUUUUCUGUGUGGUGACGCCGGACCGUUGGCCGUCGCUGCCGUCGUCCACCAUCGACUAAAGAACCAGGCUGACUCAAAUGAGUGCCUCAGCAAGCUACUUCAGCUCCAGCGCUCAGUCAUCAGUCCGGACUCGGAGAUUCCAGAUGAGCUGCUGUACGGCCGUGCCGGAUACCUGUACUCCCUGCUCUACGUCAACAAGGAGAUCGGCCCAGGAACGGUGGAUGAGAACACCGUCGCUAAGGUGGUGACAGCCCUCCUGGAGUCAGGGAAGAACCUGUCCAGAGAAGAGAAGAAGACCGAACGAUGCCCGCUGCUGUACGAGUGGCACAAGAAGCAGUACGUCGGAGCAGCACACGGACUGGCAGGCAUCUACUAUAUGCUGAUGCAGCCCACGGCUAAGGUUAAUCCUGAAAUUCUGACCGAGUUGGUGCGGCCAAGUAUAGAUUAUGUGCGGCACAAAAAGUUCCGCUCGGGCAACUACCCAUCAUCCCUCAGCAAUGAGACGGACAGACUGGUGCACUGGUGUCACGGAGCGCCGGGCGUGGUUCACGUCCUCAUCAUGGCACAUAAGCUGUUUAAGGACGAGAAGUAUCUGAAGGAUGCAGCAGAGUGUGGCGAGGUGAUUUGGCAGAGAGGUUUACUGCGCAAAGGCUACGGCAUCUGUCACGGCACCGCCGGCAACGGCUACGCUUUCCUCUCCCUGUACAAGCUCACACAGGAGCAGAAGUACCUGUACCGUGCCUGCAAGUUUGCAGAAUGGUGUCUAGACUACGGAACGCACGGCUGCCGUAUUCCAGACCGACCGUAUUCUCUCUUUGAAGGAAUGGCUGGAGCGAUCCACUUCCUCUCAGACCUCGCCCAGCCAGAGGCUUCUUGCUUUCCCGCCUUUGAACUUUGACCUGGGCUUCUGGGAGCAUUGACUUUUACUUUGGACAGUUCUAUGGCGGUGAAAGCUUUUCCUCCAGCACCGAACAACACCACGGAACUUACGCAGACGCAAAAAAAAAGAAAACUCCCCACCUUCUGCCUAUAACUUUAAAACAAGCCACCAUGAGCUCUGUCACUGUAGCUUCCAAGUCCUCUUCUGUGGUGUUUUUAUAUAAUUUUGUAAUGUAAAUAUGAUCUGUUUGUUGCCAUUCACUGCACUGAUUAAUGUUUUUGCUUCCAAGUCUUAGCAUUCGGUUUGAAAUUGGGUCUUUAUGCUGCAUGCUUAUGUUCCGAUUGUAUUGCAGUGCUUCACUUGACCUCGUCUUUGUCUCAUGUGCUACAGUCCUGUCUUUGUUGUCUAUGCAUGGGGAUGGCUGAAAUGAGCUUGUGUAUGCAUUUAAGCCAAAUUAUUGGCAUCGGUAAUAUCAGUCAAACAUCCACAAUGGUGUGGGUGUCACUACGUGUCUCUGUUUAAAAAGUGUGUAUUUGAGAUGGAGAACUCAGUGAAAGAUUGUGAGAAAAGUGAUCCAAACCUUUCCAGUGAAUAUCAUUUCAUGAGGCAGUGAUGUUAUGAAUGUUACAAUAAAUUGAUCUCCUUCGACUGAA